CAUGUCUUCAGGAGGUUAUUAUCGUUCAUGGAUGGAUAAACCUCAUUUGGAUCCCAACACCAAAUUGCUUACGGAAGAAUACGUUCAAGGGAUUAAAGAAUUCAUGAGGCUUGUUCAACAACAACCAGAUGCAAAAAAUGGUAUGUUAAGAUGUCCCUGCUCUAGUUGCAAUAAUAAUAAAGUUAUAGAAGAAUUUAAUGUUUGGACUCAUUUGUAUAUGAAAGGGUUUUCACGUAAUUAUAAAGUUUGGUAUCUUCAUGGGGAAACCGGUUAUGAAUAUGGUAGUACUAGCGAACCUCAGCCUAUUAGUGAAUUUCAGCCGGAUAUUAGGUUAGAAGAAUCUAGAACGGAUAUAGAUUAUGGUGUAGGUACUGAGCAGAUGGUACAUGAUCAUUAUAGAGGGGAAGAACCAAAUCCCGAAUCUAGGAGAUUUUUUGACAUGUUGGAUGCAGGAAAACAACCUUUGUAUCAAAAUUGUAGAGAUGGUCAUUCAGCCUUAUCAUCUGCAACUAGAUUAAUGGGUAUUAAGACAGACUAUAAUUUGGCUGAAGAAUGUAUGGAUGCGAUUACUGAUUUUGUUAAAGACAUUCUACCUGAGGAUAAUGUUGCACCGGGUUCAUACUACGAAGUUCAGAAACUGGUUGCCGGUCUUCAACUACCGUACGAAUGAGCAAUCGUCGAGAAGCCAUUCCGUUUUCACAGUAAGGAUCACUGGUUUUAACGAGAGCACAGAACAACAAGUACAAGGCGUCCUGAACUUGAUAGAUCUUGCCGGUAAAGAGCGUUUAUCUAAGAGUGGAUCAACCGGUGAUAGACUUAAAGAAACUCAAGUAAUAUCGUAUUUAAAUAAA